AUGGUAGCAAAGUUACACAUUGCCGUUGCUCUUUGCAAUGCACUGACAACGUACGCCACCUUCGUCCCCCUUGUCCCUCAUCUUCACCGACCCGACACCUUCCAAGAGCUUGUCGGUACGCCCGUCGGCAACAUCGAGAAGAUCGGUGGAGUCAAUACAUACGUCUCUUUACCGCGAGGUCCAGCGAAACCCAAGAAUGAAGCUGUUCUCUACCUCUCCGACAUAUUUGGUUUGGCCUUGGUCAACAACAGGCUACUCGCAGAUCAAUUUGCCAGUGCUGGAUAUGCUGUUUUUGCUCCAGACUACUUGAAUGGGGAUCCCGUUCCAGCGGACGAUCCCAACUUCAACAUCACUGAAUGGUCAACCCGUCACGGACCGGAGCAAACUCUCCCUCCAACUCGUGCAGUUAUUGCAGCUCUCAAAGGAAGGGGGAUCACAAAACUAGGUGCAACUGGGUACUGUUUCGGGGGUCGUUACAGUACCAUCUUUUCCCAAACGAACGAAGUCAAGGUCGCAGUGAUGGCACAUCCAAGUUCUCUCACCAUUCCGGAUGAUUUUGAGACCAUAGUCGCGAAUAGCACUGUUCCUGUCGAAAUUCAUUCAGCUGACUUGGACACCGGUUUCUCCCCAGCAGUGGGACAAACAGUAGACGGUGUCAUGAAAGGAUACGCACCUGGAUAUAAGAGAUUCGCAUAUGCUGGUGUUGGACACGGCUUUGCGGUCAGACCUGCGAAUGCGAGUGACCCAGUGCAAGUGAAGGCCAUGCAGUUGGCCUUCAGCCGUACUGUCGACUGGUUCAAUCGGCAUCUCUGA